AUGCAGCCUUUAUUGAAUCCUAAAAGUGAUAUUCAAAUAGAUUUGAAUCAAGUUAGAUUGGAUAUUCUUAAUGGAAUUCGCGAGUGUAAUGAUCGUGGACUGACACAAACUGUUAAGUGGCUGGCGGAAUUAAAUUAUGCACUAAAAGACCAUAAAAUAGAUCACAUACCAUGCACCUCUUAUAAUGACGAUAUAUUGCUUGACGAACGAGAAUCUUAUGUAUUAGCAAAAAGUUACUUUGACUGUCAGGAGUACGAUCGAGCAGCUCAUUUUAUUGAAAAUUGUACCAGUUCAAAAUGUGUAUUUUUAUACAGAUAUUCUCAGUAUAUGUCCAGCGAGAAGAAAAGAUUGGAUAAUGCUACUGAUAUUGGGCCAGACAAUGCUGAGUCAACUCAGGUCUUAUUAGAUCUAUUAUCCUUUUUUAAGGCUAACCAUAACAGUUUAGAUGGCUAUUUGCUCUACUUAGAAGGUGUUGUCCUAAAGAAGUUGGAUCUCCGAAGUCAAGCUGUUUCAGUUUUGCAAGCUUCUGUAGCAGCUGCUCCUACUCUGUGGGCUGCUUGGGUAGAACUUGCAGGCUUAGCAAAUGAGUAUGAAGCACUGGAUUCUUUACAGCUGCCUAAACAUUGGAUGAUGUACUUUUUUGCAGCUCACGCAUUUGUGGAAUUGAAAUUAUCAGAGCAAGCUUUAGAAGCAUAUAUGGUGUUAGCUAAUGCUGGUUUUGAUAAAAGUACAUAUGUUACAGCACAAAUGGCAAUUGCUCAUCAUGAUAGGCGAGAUGUAGAUUCUUCUUUAGCAUUAUUUGGUGAGCUAUAUCAAAAUGACCCAUAUCGCCUAGACAACUGGGAUGUAUACUCUCACUUAUUAUAUUUAAAAGAAAAACGCAUGGAAUUGGCGAAACUUGCACAAAAAGCUGUAUCUAUUGACAAAUAUAGAGUGGAGACUUGUUGUGUUAUUGGUAAUUACUACAGUCUUAGGAGUGAGCAUCAAAAAGCAGUUGUGUACUUUCAAAGGGCUCUGUCUCUAGAUCCUCAGUAUCUCUCAGCUUGGAUAUUAAUGGGACAUGAAUUUAUUGAAUUACAGAACUCAAAUGCGGCAAUACAGUGCUAUAGACAAGCAAUAGACGUAAACAGAAAUGAUUACAGAGCGUGGAAUGGGCUUGGCCAAGCAUACGAAAUUCUAGGUUUAAAUGGCUAUUGCAUAUACUACUAUUCAAGAGCAGCACAGCUUAAACCAGAUGAUUCAAGAAUGUUGGUAUCACUAGGGGAAGCCUAUGAGAAAAUGGAUAAAAUUCCAAAUGCUCUCAAAUGUUAUUAUAAGGCUCACAGUACCGGCGACAUUGAAGGAAUGGCACUUUUUAAGUUGGCGAAACUAUAUGAAAAGUCCAACAUGCCAAACAGUGCCGCUGCAGCUUACACCGCAGCUUGUCAGGACCCUGCAAAUGCUGGAAGCAAAGAGCUACCAGCAGCACAACGAUACCUAGCACAGUACUAUUUAAGGUUCAGUUUAUUGGACCAUGCUGCUCAUUAUGCCUACAAGUGCCUGGAACAUGACAGUACUAAAGAAGCAGGAAAAAAUAUAUUAAAGGCCAUAUCAGAAAAAAGAUUAGCUGCAUCAUCUUCGCAACCCGCUAAUUUGCCUGAUGACUUACCAGAUGCAAUCAAAAACAUAUCAACCGCUUCUGUAACUCAAGAUACGCCAAAAACACCGUUUACAAGCCCAAACGUAACACCCGACAACUUCUCAACACCAAUGCUUACAAGAAAAAACGGUAAAUAUAAAAUGUGA